GGAUUGCAGAGCAUCAUGGGUAACACUGAGAGUGUGUCGGUGCAGAAGCGGCUGGCCCGCUUUCGGCCGGAGGAGCGGCCUGUGGUGGAGGGGGUCUUUGACAAGCUCCAGGGCGGAGGGGGCCCUUCAGCAGCCCCAGGGAAGACCCCAGCAGGAAAUACUCUAACGCUUGAAAUGCUGCAGUCCUCAAUGGGCAGCGUGGCCCCUGAGUCUAUGGUGAGGAGGGUCUAUCAGUGCAUGUGCAGCAUUGACCCUGGGCUGGCAGCCCCCCCAGCUGCUGGGAGGAGCAGCUCCUCUGCUGCCUCUGGAGUCGGGCGGGAGCAGCUGGUGAUCUUCCUGGCAGACACCCUGAGGGGCACUGCAGAGGAGCGGGCCCCCCUGGUCAGGGCCAUGGCCCAGCGAGGGGCCGGGCCAGCGACUGUGGUCCCCUGUGAGCAGGUAGCAGAGUUCCUGGAGGACCUGAUUUCCACUGUAGUUCAGAUAGUGGUCCACAGAGGGCGCCUCCAGGCCUGGAAGCCAGAGAGGAUGGGGGAUGGCUCUCUGGGGGUCAAGCUGCUGGCAGAGCACAUCUGUUCUGAGCUUAAACCCUCAGGUAAACACAACGUCUCCACUGAAUGGAGUCGCUCAGCAAGCUACGUUUGGUUCCUGAUUGUGACUCGUUCCCAAUGA